AUCUAUAAUCAAAUGGGGAACACGGAAUCGGGGAAAAAAAGAUCAAAAUGGCCGACGAAGAUACGAGAGAAACCGAUACAAGGCGACUAAAUGUUAAAAAGCAGACUUUGGAUGAUGCUUACGCAGCACCAGCCAACUUUCUGGAGAUAGAUAUUGUCAACCCAGAAACACAUGGCUUUGGAAAGAAGCGUUAUACAGACUACGAAGUUCGAAUGAGGUCGAAUUUACCAAUCUUUAAAUUGAAGGAAUCAUCCGUACGGCGACGAUACAGUGACUUUGAAUGGCUACGAACUGAACUUGAGAGAGACAGCAAAAUUGUAGUUCCACCUUUACCCGGAAAAGCGUGGAAAAGACAAAUGCCCUUCCGGUCAGAUGAUGGAAUAUAUGAAGAUGACUUUAUAGAGGAGCGCAGACAAGGCCUGGAAGCAUUUGUUAAUCGAGUGUCCGGCCAUCCGCUAGCUCAGACGGAACGUUGCUUACACAUGUUCUUACAGGAUCCUGUUAUAAACAAAGACUACACACCGGGAAAGAUUCAAAACACGUGAGAAAAAAAAAACAACAGAUCACCAACCAACCGCAACCACUAAUAGCCUCUUGUACAGAUAGAAAUUAUACACAUACAUCAACUGUCUAUUAUUAUGUUAUAUAGAUAUUAUUAUAUAAUUUAUAAUAGAUUGACAGUUGUAUUUCUGUUAUGCUAUUAAUUUAGGCACUCGUGUAAUGUAAUGUUUUGUUUCAUUUAUUCGUAUAAUUUCCCAAUAUUUACUUAUUAAUUACUCAUGUAGUUGAAUUUGAUAAUUAAUAAAAGUAUGUAAUCGAAACUGCAAGGGUGUUUUUAAAAAAUUAUACUUUAAAACUUUGUGUUAUUGAAUCCCAUAAUGUAUUCAUUGAUCACUCAUAAAUUUUGAUUUGUUCUCACUUAUUUUUGGGAUUAUGACUUACGUGUUGGUAGAUCUUUUAACAGUAUCGUGUCGGCAUUUUAUUCCUUCAAAUAAUUAAAAAGAUUCCCUUUAAUUGUGUGUAUUUAUAUAGCUAAUUCCAUAAGUAUAUAUAUAUGUAUAAUCAACCAAUUAAUAAGGCAUUUUCUUUCGAAAGCUAAUUUCCGUCUUGAGGGACUGAUAUUCCCGAUUAUUUUACUAUAAUGGAACAAACACAUUAAUUUUCUGUGUGUCAGAUUUAUGUUAAUUCAGGUUGAGGAAUAGUUAGACUAAGUAGAAACACAUUGUACUUUUUCCCAUUAGCAAAGAACUACCCUUUUCAAAUAAUCUUGUUGGUGGCAUUACAGUAAAAAUCCUUCGAUUUCCCUUGAAAUCCUUUGAUAAUUUUACCUCGAUUCAUAGACAGUGUUGUAAGUUAUUUUUUACACAGGCGUACAUUGAUAUGUAUUUCUUGGUGAAACAACACAAUGCAAUAACAUUGAAAUCAGCUAUCUUUUGCUAACGUGGGGAAGGGAAAUCCUUUUUUCGCUCAGCCCAAUCUAGGUCCCUGGAUUACUUUCAAUGAAUAUAAUGGUCUUAUUUGUUAUUUUGUGGGUCUUCAGAAAAUAUUUUAUCAUGAUUAGAUAAACCAUGAAUAUCUUCCAUAGAUCCUAGCAUGUAAAGCUGUUCGGAUUAUGCACCCAUAGAAUUCUGAUUACAGGUACUCUAAUUAAAAAACUAAAGUGCUGAAGCUAACGUACGAUUUCCAAAGUGAAAGUUUCAAAUACGCACAAUACUGCUGCGACAGAUAAUACGGCAAUUCUUGCGUACACAUCCACAAACCAGUAUCUUCAUUUGACCUACUUAGCUCCCUUAUAUUCCAGUAACUAUGAUUCCUUCACUGUCGUCGCUAAAAUGUCACAUAGUAAUUGUUCUAAAACUUUUGUAAAAUUGCUCUUAAAUGCUGGUAAUUCAUUUGGAGAUUUCUGGACAUUGUCAUAAUUAUCAUCGGAAUGAUUGUUUUAUAUGUAUGUACUGAUAACAUGUCAAUUAUUGAAUAAAUUUUGUCAAUUAAUUGAAAAACAUGGAAA